AUGUCCGCACCGUCCAAAUCAAGAUGGGGUUCCCUCCUCUCACAAGCCGUUGCUGGCGUCGAGGCAAGACUCGAUACUAUUCUAGCUGAAGAAGACCCUACCUCAACUACCAAACAACAGCCGUCGCGGCCUGCAUCCGCUGCCUCUAACUCUAACUCCGCCUCGACAAAAUCCAAGAGCGCCAACGACAGGUUACAGGAGCGAUUGGCAAGGGCCGUGGCUGCCAAGAAUGCCGCCGGUACGGGAUCCCCGAGAUCAGAAGCCUCGCCAGUGCGACAAUCUGCUGAGUUGUCGUCCGCGAACCGAAGCCCACGGCCCAGCUCGGAUCUGGCUAGGAACGAUCCUCCGACACCUGCUGUUACUGCAUGUCCACGAGUGAGCCUAUCCAAGGACGAAGCAGCAAGUGCAGCGAGCGCAACAAGUGACCUCGGGGACAACAAGAUGGAAGAGAAGCAACUGCAAGAGACCAACGUCCCAGGCAAUGAAAACAACUUGGCAAUGGGUUUCCCCCGGUCGAGCACGCAGGAGGAACCCCUGCAUGCGUUGGAAUCAGAGCCAACCAUGGCUCCUGCAGCCAAGGAAGACACUAUACAGGUCUCCGUCAAAACCAGCGACAAGAUCGUCUCUUCGCUGGACCUCUAUGAGAAACGGGUUGCGGAGCUAGAAAAAACUUUGGCAACUACAGAAAGCCAACACCAAGAGGAACUGCAUAGUCAAGUAGAACAGGUUGAUGCGUUGCAAGCCAAAUUGCAAUACCUGGCUCGCGAGGCAGUUGAAGCCGCUAGAAAGGAUGCAUCAAACGCCGCACCGGGCAGUUUGGAGAAGAAACUGGCCGAAAAGGAUCAGCAGGUCGCACAGUUGAUGGAAGAAGGGAACAAGCUCGCUGGUAACGAACAGAAGCUUCGCGCUGUGAUCAAGAAGUUGCGAACUCAGAUCACCAUCGAUGAGAAAGAGAUCAAUGAACAGAAAAUUUGGCGUCAGAAGGCCGAAGCCGAAUUGGUGACCCUCCGCGAUGCUGUCCGCAGUAUUGAUGAGUUUAAGAAGGCGAAUGAUGAGGCGCAAAAGACCAUAUCACAGACCAGAAAGGAUGUCGAGCGCUCCAAAACCACCAUCUCCUCCAAGGAUGCCAUCAUAUUUGAUCUCAAGGCACAGCUGAAGGAGGAGUCUGAACGUGCCAAGACCAUGGCAGCUAAAGUGAACGACCAAGCCAAGGAAGAUAGCCAACGCAAGGUUAAAGAAUUAGAAGACACUAUUGCUGCUAUGCAAGUCGAAAAAAGCCUGGCAGCAGACAAAGCCAAGUUGGUAGCCAACGAACUUCGUGAGAAGGCUGAGAGGACAGCAGAGCGUGCAAGAGCAGCCGAAUUAGAACUCAAGGGCGAAGUGCAAAUCUUGGAGAGCAAACUUGAGGCACUUCGUGCAACAGCCGAGGAAGCCUCCUCGGGCGCUGUCGGUGAUGCACAGGCCAAACUACUUCGGCAAAUUGAGACUUUGCAGACGCAAUAUUCGAUAGCUGGUGAGAAUUGGCAAGGUAUGGAGGCGUCAUUACUAGCGAGGACAGCGAAUUUGGAGAAGGAAAGGGAUGAGGCGCUACGGAGAGAAUCCGAAAUGAGGAAAAAGGCCCGGGAAGCAGCCGCACGCGUCAAACGCCAGGAAGAGGAACUAGAGGAAGCAAAGACUCGGCUGCCUGGUGUGCAACAAGAUCUCUCAGAACAUCAAGCCCAGCUUGAGUCUAUAACCAAACGUGCUGAGGAAGCUGAAAAGGCGCUGGCCGAGGCCAAAGCUGAAGUUGAGAAACAACGUUUGGCCAUGAGGCAAGACUCGCUAGAUAAGGCUGGGUUGGAAAGAAGACCUUGGCUAGACGAGGUCGCUUUGCAAAACAAUAGCCGGCCAGCAUCACCUCUAUUGUCAGCACCACAGCGGGCGUAUAGCAGCGAUUAUCUUGGCCUGCAAAACUUUCCGACAAAGCUUCGCAAGUCAGCACCAUCCAGUAACGGCGACGCCAGUCCCGGUGAAAGGCCAUGGUCGGCUCGACGGCCUUCUCAGCAACCGCGCCCGUCCAUAUUCUCCAUACCGUCUGCGGUUUCUGGCGGCACACCGUCAUCGCUUCUUGGGGGUUUAGAGCAGAUAGCCUCACCCACUCAUCCGCUUGACAAAGAGGAUAUCUUUGACGGUGCAGAAAUUCCAACUUCACCGCAGAAUGUUCUUCAGGACAUGGUCUCAGUUUCAACUGUUGCCGCUGGGCCAUCAGUGCAGCUUGUUGAGAGAAUGAGUGCUGCCAUUCGUCGCUUGGAAAGUGAAAAGGUUGCAGCGAAGGAAGAGUUGACGAGAAUCACCAACCAGAGAGAUGAGGCUCGAGGCGAAAUAGUCAUUUUGAUGAAGGAGGUAGCGACAGGAAAAUCAGCCAACGAAAAGGUCAAGGCCUUGGAACAGGAAGUCGCGGAUCUCAACGAUAGAUAUCAGACAACAUUGGAAAUGCUCGGAGAGAAGAGUGAACUAGUGGAAGAACUUGGCGCUGACAUCCAAGACGUCAAGGCCAUGUAUAGGGAUCUGGUCGAGCGCACACACAAGUAA